AUGCACGCAGGCCCGAGUGGCAAAUCCCUGCAGAUAUUAUUUCGCCCCAGCCGGGCGCUCGAUCGCGACAGCCGCACCCGCGUGUGCGGGCUCCUCUCGCUUUGGCAUUUUGGCUGCGCGAGGAGAAAAGGGUUGGGGGAGCCCUCGGCGCGCGGCAGUCGGCGGAGGCCCCGUGGCGGAACCUCGAGGCGCGGGCGAACACGUGCGCGAAGGGACACACGUAGUCCAAGGGAGCAGCGCGGGAUCCAUCGGAGGAAUCGCGCGGGGGUGGACUCGGGGGACGCGCCGGUGAUGUUGGGCGGGAUCGCGCGCCGUUGUCUGGGUCAGGGGAUCGAGGGCCAAUCGCUGCUGCGGCGGUUGGCGGGCGACGCCGCCCAGCGGAUGGGGCUGAGCAGAACGUUCGGCGGGGCGACCGCGGCGCACUCGUCGCAGGGUUUGAACUCCUUCCUGGACGGCACCAGGUUCGGACCCAAGGAGACGGCGGACAAGGAGCCCGUGGGCAGGGCGUGGGAGACGAGCGAGCUCAGGCUGAAAUCCUUCGAAGAUCUGCAGGGGCUCUGGUACGUGCUGCUGAAGGAGAAGCACAUGCUCGCGACGGAGAAGUACGCCGCCCGCGGGUCCAGGGUUCGGAUGAGGGCCCCGCACAGGAUCAAGAUGAUCCGACGGAGCAUGGCCAAGAUCAAGACGGUGCUGACGGAGAGGGUCGACGAGGUCGCCGGCGACGACCCGGAGCUUCGCAGAAAGUUCAUGGCCGUCAUCAACGCCAAGUGA